GUGGUUGAGGACACAAAGUGUGCGAUACUCAACACCAGAGCGUGGUCGAACGAAGCCGUACUGUAUGUAGUGAGCCACGGCCCCUGACAAACCGGUGAAUCGCUACCAACCACAGCCGGCCUGCGUCCCCGAGUACCGGAUGCCUCUCAUGGGGGCGCCAAACCUGCAUUGCCCUAACUCAUCAAAUGUACUCUUCUCGUUGGGCGAGAUGAGGGGACCCCUGCCCCGCGGAGACGAUGAUGUCCUGCAGAGGCUGCAGCGCACGACGCCCACGGCGCACGGCUGCAGUUCGUGGCCGAGACUAAUGCUCAGGGCAACCCCCCCUCGUUCUGUGAGCCAGUCUGUAUCCUGUCACCGCUCCUCGGCGGUCUCUAGCGAACCACUGGCGAGUGGCCAAAAGCCCAGGACGCUUGGGGCCUUUCAGAGGCUGGCACAGGCCUGGCACGCCUCGUCGAGAGCGCUUUGGUGUGUAAAGGCUCGUACGAUUUGUUCUCCACCUCCCGCCUCUCGGCAAGGAAGCGCCAUGAGCGGAACCCUGCGCGCGAGCGGGUCGUCAAGUGUGUACACGGAGCCGACAAAUGGUGAGCACAGGGCGGUAUUCGCCCUAGGCGGUGCCGGGCAGGGCAAUCUUUUCGUCCCAUAUUCCCAUAUGUAGCAAUUGCUGCCGGUUGGGACACCGAGAGGUCUGCCAGGUGGUGGAUUUUUGGUAGGUGGGUAGCGACAGUUAGGCUGGUCGCGUGAGAACCUCGAGUCGACUGCAGUGCCUGCCGCCUGGGUGACGGGGAGAAAACC